UCAAGCAAGGAAGUAGGUAUCUAUUUGAAACAAUACAUUACCUUUCUCGACGUCUACAUUUACAUUGUACCUCUCAAGAUGGACCACGACAACAGCACGUCAACCCACAGUUCUACCCUUGGUCCUCCCGCUCUGAGGGACGGGUACGAUCUUCCCGUGUACGGUCUGGGCAAUGGACAAUUCUACUCCCUGCACGUUCCAGCACUGACCUGCAUUUUCCUGAGUCUGAUCUCGGCUAUUCUGGCAAUAGCGCUCAGCUUCAGAAAAAAUCCAAAACGUGCAUUUGUUGAAUGGACCAAAAGUGAAAGGUUCGUAGUCUACAUGGCGAUUUGUGAUGGCGCCUUCAAUUUGGCCCACAGUAUGGAUCAUCUUCACAUAACCAUUACCAAAAGACAUGUCUACCCAGCCUCGCUUUGCCAGUUCUACGGAGUCAUGCUGCUGGAGUUCAUCCUAGCUCAGGCUCUGAUGGUAAACAUCGUUGCGGUAAACGCUUUUACACUGAUGAUCUUCAAUAAGCAGUUGAAAUACGGAAGACGAGAUUGGCGUCUAUUAUUAUGGAUCUUUGGAUUUCCUUUCCUUUUAUCCAUGAUUGCACUUGCAGCAAAACAGUUUGGACCAAGUGGUGCUUUUUGUUUUUUCGACGGCGUAAAUGGUGGAUUGGCCCAGUUCUUCCUCGUCACCCUUCCGUUUUCUUUGAUUCUUAUAGUAAAUACAACGUUGUAUGUGAUUACUUGGGCAAAACUCCGAUCCAUCGAGAAAAAAUUGAACCUUUCACUCGGAAAGCAGUCGUCUGGUUCCAAAAUGAAGCACGCGGCAGUCCGCGCCAUGUCGUUGUUUGUUUUGGCGUUCAUCUUUCAAUGGCUGACACUGGCUUUGUUUGGAAUCUGGGUGUUUGUCGACCCCGUUACCCUUCCCCCGGCCCUAAUUCAUGCAGUUACCAUAUUCUCAAACGUCGGCGGAAUCGUCAACCUUAUAGUUUUUCUGGUGAUCAGGAGAAGAUUGCAAAAUCAAGCCCAAGUUUCGCUCGACCACAGUCAUGGUUCUAAGCCAUCAGGGACCAAAGACACGAGCCACACUGAUGUGUAAGACAUUAAAAUAAGGCAUUUUGUAGAAUAUUCGAAAACCUUAAAGGUUUCGAUUCAGAAGCUACAAGUAUAUACAUUUUCUUUUAAAAAUAAAAACGUAUACAUGCAUGUG